AUGGUGUCGGUAGGUAAGUGGGGUUGGUCAUCCAGUGCUGCCAACCUUAACGGAUCACUGGCAGCAAAGAUCCUGGUUGGUACAACCAACGCCUCGGCAUCGGUGCUCACAGAUCGCGCUAAAUCCGGCGGGGUUGUGAAAGCUCUCCUCCAAUAUUCCGCGUACACAGCAAUUGUUGGCGGCGUUCAGAGCAAAGAUCCU